AAAGUCCGCACCACAUUGUUUUCAUUGUUUGAACUUUGGAGUUUUGGAAACAGGAAGAUUAGAAACAUCUUCCUCUGAAGUUGUUUUUUUUUUCUUUCUUCUCUUUCAGGGCCGUCAUAUUUUACAAGGGGGGGCGUGGUGUGUUCUUCUCUACCUCCGUUUCCCUCCAGUGCAGCUCAUUCACAGACCUGUUCUCUGCUGGAGCAGCACGACAGCUGAGACAUGAGCGGACGAGUCGGAGACUUGAGCCCGAAACAGGCUGAGAUUUUAACCGAGUUUCGGGGGAGGAUCCAGGACAUCCUCCCCAACCUGCCCGCACAGCAUGACCACUACCUCCUCCGCUGGCUCAGAGCCCGAAGCUUCAAUGUUCAGAAAGCUGAAGCCAUGAUCAGAAAGCACGUGGAGUUCAGGAGGCAGAUGAGAGUCGAUACCAUCAUCACCGACUGGAAACCUCCGGAGGUGAUUGAGAAGUACGUGUCUGGAGGGAUGUGCGGUUACGACAAAGAGGGAAGUCCCAUCUGGUACGACGUGAUCGGCCCUCUGGAUCCUAAGGGUCUGCUGCUGUCGGCCACCAAGCAGGACUUCAUGAAGACCAAAAUCAGACACACAGAGAUGCUGCGACGGGAGUGUGAGAGGCAGUCUGAGAAGUUGGGGAAGAACAUUGAAUCCAUCAGUCUGAUCUACGACUGUGAAGGACUGGGCCUGAAACACAUUUGGAAACCUGCUAUUGAGACCUAUGGAGAGAUCCUCACCAUGUUUGAAGAUAACUACCCGGAGGGGCUGAAAAGGGUGUUUCUCAUCAAAGCUCCCAAAAUGUUUCCCAUGGCCUACAACCUGAUCAAACACUUUCUGUGCGAGGAAACGCGGCGCAAGAUCAUCAUUUUAGGAAGUAACUGGCAGGAAGUGCUGCGUAAACACAUUGACCCAGAGCAGCUUCCUGUGGCGUAUGGAGGAACCCUGACUGACCCUGAUGGAGAUCCCCGCUGCAGAACCAUGAUUAAUUACGGCGGUGUAGUGCCCAGGUCGUACUAUGUUCAGGACUCUGUGAAGGUUCAGUACGACAACAGUGUGACCAUCAGCCGCGGCUCCGUCUUCCAGCUGGAGUGUGAUGUUACUGCACCCAGCAGCCUCCUGAGGUGGCAGUUUGCCAGUGAUGGAGCAGACAUCGGGUUCGGAGUGUACAGGCGGACCAAAGAGGGCGGGGCACAGAAGGUGACUGACAUGCUGCAGGUUCUGCCCAGCGAACGCUACAAUGCACACCUGGUCCCCGAGGACAGCUGCCUCACCUGUCCUGAGCCUGGAGUCUACGUGCUGUGCUUUGAUAACAGCUACAGCAUCCUUCAGUCCAAGAAGGUGAGCUACAAAGUCGAGGUUCUUCCUCCGUCCGACGCACAGACGCAGAAUCCACACAGCAGAGGAGACCGGAGGCUGCAGUGAUGGAGUCCUGAUCCCUGUUACCAUGGUGACGGCGGAAUCAGCGCUUCUGCGUCAGGGCUGGAUUCACCCUCUCUGAGGAAGUUUGUAAUCAGUGAUUAUCUGUAACUUGAUGGAAAAGCUGAGGAGCAGCGUUUCCACCACACCCAGUCUCACUGUGGUCACACCUGACAGAGAGUUUACGCUCACUUAAGUAAUCAGAUUACUCAGAGAACCCGGGCUACGUGUUAGAUUCCUCCUCUACCCACAUACUUAUUCUGGAAUCGCCACGUUUGUGUUUUAACUGAAGCUGAGAAAGACGACGCUGCUCCCUUUGAUUUUCUGAUCCGUCUGAGCAGAGUGACGGAGCGGACGGAAUAUUUUUAAUAAAAGGAAGCGCCGUGUGUACGUGGCAGAGAAAUCAGGCUUCUCUGAUCCUCUGCCCCGAUCAGAGAAGCCAGGUUUCUUCAGUCCAGAGGAGGGUUUACCGGAGAAAGCCUGUAACCUGGUUACUUAGGUGCACGUAAACGCACUGAGUGAUGUCACGGUGCACUGACGCUCUGUCCAGUACACUUCUACGUCACCGCAGCCAGGUGAGACGCUGAAACCACAGGAAGUCAGGAAAACUCCAUUCUCACAGCAGCAGUAACCUGCUGAGUCCUGUGCUGUGUGGAGAGUUACAGCAUCUAACUUUAAAUUCAGGAAAACAUGAAGGUUAUUUUAGAAAAGCUCGUUUCUGCAUCAUUUCAGCCCAGAACCACAUUAACUCUUUUUAACGUAGAAGGAUGUAAUUUAAUCUACAGACGGCGUCGUCUCGGGCCACGUGACUGAAGGUUUUGUGUUUGACAGCAGCUAAACCACUAAGAAGGACAGCACACACACACACACACACACACUUUCUCAGGCCGUUUUCUGUAUCAGGUAAUUGUACAAAUACUGUCAUAGUUUUACAGUCUGGAAAUGGAAGUUGUGUGUAUGAUGUGUUAAAUGAAGGAUGCUGAUGAGAAUCACCAGCAUGUUCUGUAUAACCAGUCGUCAUGACGACAGACUUUACAACAUGAUGUGAAACAAAAAUAAUUCUUUUUAAUUUAUGGAAACUUCAGUUAAGUUUAGUUUGUAAAUUCAUGUUGCUCGCAAUAAAGGCAGAAACUGCGUUCAUAUACAAA